ACUCCAAUGUAUAGGUUCUCAUUGAGUAUAUGUAAGAAAAAAUAUUAAAAAAUUGGAAAAGUGGAGGUAGUCAGAUAUAUCGAUCCUCAGUUUGGAGUCUGCAAGAUACCUUCUAAAAGUUCCAUUAACUAGCUGUUGUAGUGUUAUUUUCUGAAUGGAUUAAAUUUUAAAAAGAAAAGAAAAAUUAAUUUAAUAAAAAUAAUAUUAUUAUAUAGUUAAGAAACCUAUUUUUAGUAUCUUUGCGUUGAGGUUGAUCAUUACUGGUUGGUUAUAUACAAUAUAUGAACAGGUAAUCGAAGGCGACGAUGUCUUGGGACGAUGGUACGGCCAGGAAGGUGAAGAAAGUUCAAAUUACGUACGAUGACGUCAUCUACUCAGUCCAGGUUACGUACGGAACCGCACUUCAAGCCCCGCGUCGUGGCUCUGUUGGGCCCAUGUCUGUCGAGUUCACUUUGGAAUCGGACGAGUACAUAACAGCUCUUUCUGGUUACGCGUUGAGCACGCAAGACGUUGUAACGUCGUUGACUUUCACAACGAACAAGAAGACUUAUGGACCUUAUGGAAACAAAUUUGGUUAUCAGAUUUCUGCUCCUGAGAAGACCGGAAAACAGAUCGCCGGUUUUCACGGUACCAAAGACAAUAUUCUCAACUCCAUCGACGUUCACUACGCUCCCAUACCCACUGGAACCGGCGGUUCAGAGACCGGUUCAGGGGUUCAAAAGUUGCCUGGAGAAGGUCUCGUGGGUGGAACGGCAUGGGACGACGGAUCUGAUCACGAUGGCGUGACAAAUAUAUAUGUAGCAAGCACCUUGUUGGGCAUUAAAAACGUAAUGUUCGGCUAUAUGAAAGAUGGACAAUCGAAACAAGGUGGCCACCAUGGUGGUGACCCUACGAAGCAAGAGAUUGUGAUUAACCAUCCGGACGAGCAUCUGGUUUCAGUCGAGGGUUGGUAUGAGUCCAGCUCCAAAUUCAUCAUGGGAAUCCAGUUCAAAACUAACUACAAGAUUUGUGCUUCCAUGGGCUAUAGAUACGAGGGCGGUAAUGAUUAUAAAUUUACUCACCAAGUUCAAGACAAGAAGAUCAUCGGGUUUCACGGUUUCGCCAGCAACCAUCUCAAUUCCAUUGGAGCUUAUUUUGCUCCGUUAUCCUCCACCACCACCCUUCCUAUCGGAACAGGUGGUUCAGGAGCUCAAAAGUUGGGUGCACAAGGUGUCACUGGUGGAUCUGCAUGGGAUGACGGGUCCUAUCACGACGGUGUCACAAAGAUAGUCGUAAGAACAUGUACGCUAGGGGUUCAGUUCGUUAACUUUUUCUAUGACAACGAUAUCGGAGCAGUUCACGGUGCGCCAGGUGAUCCUACUGGUUCAACGCAACAUAUUGUGAUUAACCAUCCUGACGAGCAUCUGGUUUCCAUCGAGGGUUGGUAUAUUUCUAAUUACAUCAGUGGAAUCCGAUUCAAAACAAACCAAAAGACUUCUGUUUACAUUGGCUAUGAAUACACGGGCAGUGGUACUAUAUUUACUCUUCAAGUUAAAGACAAAAAGAUCAUUGGGUUUCACGGUUUCGCCAGCGACCAUCUCAAUUCCAUUGGAGCUUAUUUCGUUCCAGUACUCUCAACCCCAACCCUUCCUAUCGUUCUCCCGAAGAGGUUUGGAGCUGUGUGGGACGAUGGUACUCACGACAAAGUUAAAAAGAUCUUUAUAGGACUAGGCCAAGAUGUUAUAGCAUCUGUCAAGUUUGAAUACAUAAAUGGUUCUGGAGUGGUUAAUGGAGUUGAACAUGGGACACCAACAUUGCUUGGAUUCGAGGAGGUACGUUAAAACAAACAUAUAAUAACACUCAGCAUCUAAGACAGUUUUUACUUUUUAGAUAAUAAAAAUCUACUCUAUUAAAAUAAAGUUCCUAAAAAAUCUAUAAAUUUUUUUUAAUGCUGAUUUAUUAUGAUAUUAUAAUUAUGAGAAAAAUUACAUAGAUGGUUCGACAACCACAAUACUAUGAUUAUAAUUAGACCAAUUCAUUAACAACUUAACCAACUAAAUUAUAUAUAUAUAUAUAUAUAUAUAUAUUUAUUUAUAUAUAAUAUUAAUAUAUCGUAUGUUCUAUUUUCAUUUUAUAGUCCAUUGUUUAUUAUUCUAUUUUUAUGGUCUCUUAAACAAUUGCAUAUCCCAUUAAAUAUCACAUCUUAUAUGGUUUAUAUAUCUAUAAAUAUGUUCGCUUCUUUCCUGUAAUGCCACGUCAUCAAGUCGUGCGUUAUAAGAGUGACACGUGUCCCAUUUUAUAUUUGGGGUCAAAAUAUAACAAAAUGUUGAAUAAAUGAAUGCAGUCAGGGGUAA